AUGGCCGAGGAAUCGGCGGAGCAGAAGCGAUUUGCCGAUUUGGUGUUUCAAUGCUCGGAAUCGUCGUCGAGUGCGGUUGAAGCUAUGGAACGGCUUCUAGGCAACUUGAAGGAGACCAAAAAUGACAAAGAGGGUCUCAGCCUGUUGAAGGUGAAAAACUACGAGAUGGUGGCGUAUCUCAGCGAGCUGACAGUGCUAAUGUCGAAAAUGAUGAAAGGCGACUCGAUAAUCGGCGAGUCGGCGUUGAAACGAGCGCUCAAACAUCGAGUGAUUUUGGAGAAAAUGCGACCGAUUGAGGACAAAAUGAAGCCGCAAAUCGAGAAAUUGUUGUCGAAGAAGAAGGAUGGAAGCAAAGGGGCUUUGCGAGUUCGAUUGGAGAACAUGGAUGUGAAUGAUGAUGAUGAGGAUGAGGAGGAGGAGGAGGAAGACGGGGAGAAGAAGGCGGUUGGAAAAGAACCGAAGAAAUAUGUUGCUCCGAAAAUUCGCGCGGUUCACUAUGAUGAAGAGGAUGAAGCUCCCGACAAGAAGUUGGAGAAGGCGAAACGACGAGCGAUGCAAAGCAGCUUAAUCAUGGAGCUCAAGAAUCAGUACAGCGAGGCUCCGGAAGAGAUUCGGGAAGUCAGCGAACGCAAAUAUCAAUUUGAUAGGGAGCGUGAGAAAUAUGAGGAAGAGCACUUCACGAGAAUUCGUCUAAAUAAAGAGCAGAGGCGGAAAAGCGAGAAACUCGGUCGUCACGAGACCCUCGAUGAUCUACUCAAUUUUGGCGAUUAUAUGAUGAGAGGCGAGGACGGUCGAUCGAUGAGCGAGAACUUGAAACGAAAACGGCUUUCCAGUGGUGCCGGCGAGACGAAGCGUCGAAAGAAGACGCAGAAGGAGCGAAAGAAGGCGCAGAGGAGUAAAAAAGAGGGAAAGGUACGAUUGACGAUGGGCGGUGGAAAAUAUGAAACGCAAUUGUGUCUGGCGAUCAUUGACGAUUUGUUUGGAAAGAUUGUUGCCAGAGUUGCCGAGACGUUGAUGAAAGAGAGCUCGCAUUUUAUGGUGUUGGCGUUCAAACUCAAAGGGCGAAUUUCACCGACGCUGAUUCGCAAAUCGCUGGCCACACUCAUCAAUUUUGGAUUUGUGAAAUUCGCGCUCGACGGAAAUAGGACGCUCUACACGGUGGACACCGAGCAGAUUUUGCAUGUGAUUACAGCGCCGAGAGCUUGCCUGAUAGCGAAGACAUUGUUCGGCACGAUCGCCGAGGCGAUUUGCGAGGAGUUGUUCGCCGCCGGAAAAGCGACGUGUUCGACGAUCAUUCGAAAAGUGUUGGCUCGCGAGGAGACGGCGAACGUCGACGAGAUUCGCGCGGAGUUCGCGAAACUCGCCGGCUCGCAAUUCAUUAUUCGUUUGGCGCCGAUUGCCGCCGACGUGCACGGAUGUCCGCAAUUUGAGAACCUCUACGAUCAGUUCGCCGUGCCCGACAACGUGUUGGGCAAAACGUCGAUUGAAGCUGCCGUUGAGGCUGGAAAACGAAAGAGGAAAGAGGAGGACGAGGGGAGUUUGGACGGCGACCACGGAUUAUAUUGGCGGAUCAAUUGGAAUCGUGUCGACGCCUAUUUGAGAGACGAAAUGAUAUUGGAAUAUCUUGUGGGAAACGCUACAACGACGGAAGAUCGCAUCCAUCAGAUGACGUGCAAUGUGGCGAAACUGAUGCUCAAAUGCGAUGAAGUGCGAUCAUCGGCGCUGAAGCCGCCAACCCUUAGGGAUAUUGCUGCACAGGUGUAUGAUAUUUUGCGAAUUGCCAAAGAGACGGGCGUCGAGCUGACGAAGCCGGACGUCGAGAUUGCCCUUCAAAUCCUAUGCGAUGAAUCCGACGGUGUUGUGAGAAAAGUUGGCGAAAGCGCCGGCGGACUCUACAUUAUUGACGUCAAACGCGCAAUCACCAUGAUUUGUCGAGGGCACUGCGAGUCGUUGAUUCGCGAGCAGUUUGAGGGACGAGCUAUAAGAAUAAUGCGACUGCUCGAAACACGACAUUUUCUUGAUGAGGAGCAGGUCGAGAAGCAGAGUAUGAUGAGCGCGAAAGAGGCACGAGAGAUGUUGUACGCGCUUGUCGAAGAGGGCUACGUGUUCACGAAGGCGGUCGGACGGAGCAACGAUUUUCAGCCGGCGCGAACAUUCUAUUUGUAUCAUGUCGAUUUGCAUCGAACGGUUCGCGGUUUGGUUGAGUAUACGUGCAAGCUUAUUCGGAAUCUCAUUCUUCGAAACGCGUUCGAGCGAAAAGAGAAUCGGCAUCUUCUCGAGAAGGACGCGACGGUUGGACCGAUUGUUGACGGAAUUCGAGCGAAUGAGGAGCUUGAUGAGGCCUCGAAGCAGGCGCAGAUAGCCGAAGUCCAAGAAAUGUACUUGCCGGGGCCGGAUCGCGCGCAACUCGCCAAAUAUCGACAGGCGGAAGCGACACUUUUGGCGUCGCAAGAUCGAGCGUCGAGAGUUUUGCUCAGUUUUAAGCUUUUUCUUCAGACGGCAAUGAAGCCCGUUUGA